AUGGGACGUUAUAAAAUAUCAAGAGAUAUCUUUGACGAUGAGCCCAAACCCAACUUCGGCGCCCGGACGAGCGUCCAGAGCGUGGACCUUAUGACUCCCCUUCCGACGCUGGGCAGCGCAAUCCAGUUAUUCGACAGUGGCUCUCCCUCGGAAGAAGAACGGCGACCCGAAGUACGGGACUGGCUAGUUUUUAUUUGCAUUGUUAUAUUGGCAGUGAUGGACUCCUUCGAUGCGACAGUUCUGAUUCCUGCCGUGCCUGAUCUGGCCAACACUUUCGAAAAACCGAUGGCUAGUACAUUAUGGGUCAACACAGCAUAUUUGGUGCUCGGCUCUGCGAGCCAGGUCUUUUUCACUAUGCUGUGCGAGGUCUUCAGUCACGGACCCAUUUGGAUCUUCGCUGUCGUGCUGACCACCAUCGGUACGGGCAUAUGCUGUGGCUCCAUGAGCUUGGUUGAAUUGCUGGUCGGACGCACAAUUCAGGGUAUUGGCGGCGGCGGUGCCAUGAGUCUAUGCUUCGUUGCCGUGGCCGAGUCGGCACCCGAGCCUAUCCAUUCGCGAUAUGCAUGCUAUAUCUUGCUGACUCGGAUGGUGGGAACAAUCAUGGGUCCAAUGAUUGGCGGUUUGUUUGUCGACUAUGCCAACUGGACCUGGGGAUUUUAUUUUAAUUUUAUAUUUGCGGCCCUCGGAUUGCUGGUCAUUCCGUUCGCCAUCGAUUUGCGGGUCUCGAAAAACAUUCCGAUGCGAAGGCUGCGCACCUUGGACUGGCCGGGUGCUUCUUUGGCUUUCCUGGGACCCGGCGCAAUUCUCCUCGGUUUGAGUUGGGGUGGCAUCUUCUACCGCUGGGAUCAAUGGCAGACUUUCACGCCGAUAGUAAUCGGCGUUGCAUUGAUUCUGGUACUGAUGGUGUAUGAGUCCAAGUGGGCAUUGCAUCCUCAGUUUGGAGCCCGCGUAUUCCGGUCUCGCAUGAUGGUCAUGACCUAUCUGGGAUGUUUCUUGCAUAGUUUUGUGAUGUUCUGCCAACUGCAAUAUUUCCCGUUCUAUUUUAUUUCCACAAAGUACAUGCUCACGGCGCUCUCUGGCGUCACUCUGGUGGCAAUCACAGGUUUUGCAAUCGGCCCAGCUGCCGUGGCUGGGGUCAUCCUGGCCACUGAGUCGCAUUGCGCACAAUGGAUAAUUACAGGCGGCUGGAUUUUGACUACCCUAGCAGCUGGCUGCUGCAUCCUUCUGGACGAAACCACUCCGACUGUGGGAUGGAUAUUCCUCUUUUUCACCGCAGGGCUCGGCCAUGGCCUGCUUCUUUCGGGGUAUAACAUUCGCAUCCAAAACACACCAAAGGACGCAGGUGCAUCGCCAAGCAACAGUCCGACAACUAUGGCAAUUUUUAUGAGGUCUUGGGGUAUGGCAGUCGCAAUUCCUGUUGGCGGCGCUGUGAUGUUGAAUUGUUUUGGGAUCGAGCUCGCGAGUAUUAACUUAGAUCGAGAUCUCGUGAACGCCGCGAACGGGUAUCUCAUUCUGAUGAGACAUGUGCAGAUGUCUGGUGAGCAGAGGGAAGCUCUCAAGACUGCCUCUGCAGGGGCAUUGCGGGUCGUGUGGGGGCUCAUUGCUGGGACUUCUGCCCUUGGGGGCAUCUCGUCGGCUUUUCUGUGGCGGAGGAGAUUAUAG